GUUGACACGUGUCCGGGCAGCAGGCUGUCAGUUGCAGUCUUGUUCUCUCCACUUUGCUCGCAUCAUCCAGGCGGUUCGCUAUGUGACAGAGUGGCUGCUGCUGCUGUAUCCCGGACCCCCUCCCUGCGUCCCGGUCUCCUCCGAGUCCGGCGUCCGCUCAGGAUGAUGGAUCACAGGAGGACCGAACCGGACCGCAACACUCUGUACGGGGAAUACACGCUCACUAGUAACCGAAAAGUCAGGUGCUCCGUGAACCUGACCGAGAAGGACCUCGUCGUCCAGCGGCUCACGUCGGCACCUGUCGGGCGGAACAAGGUGACGCUCAGCCUGAAGGACUGCAUCGGCUGCCGGGCUUACCGGGAGGAUGACAACGCGGACCCGGCGGCGUACCUGGCCGCCUACUUCUACCCGCUGCGGCGGCGCUGGAUGAGUUCCGGGGUCUCCCGCCAGAGAGUGGAGCAGUGCUUUCGGCUCGCGGCGCUCCAGGACCCGCUCGCCAACCUGGACGAGGCGGAGAAGUGGGCUCGCGCCGUCCGAGAACGCGCUGCCCGGCAACAGCAGCUUAGAGACGGGGUGUUGUUGAGCGAGUUGUCCCGUCCAUGCCGGAUGAUGCUGCUGGUCAACCCACAGAGUGGGAAGGGACAGGCACUCAUUCUGUACAACAACCACAUCCAACGGAUGUUCAACGAGGCCGGUAUCAUACACACUCUGGUGAUUACUGAGCGGCAGAAUCACGCCCGAGAGUUGGUGAAAGAGGCCGACCUGUCGCAGUGGGACGCUUUAGUCAUCAUGUCAGGAGACGGACUUCUGUAUGAGGUGAUAAACGGUCUGCUGGAGAGACCAGACUGGGAGGAGGCCAUCCGGACACCGCUGGGUAUCCUUCCUGGUGGAUCAGGCAACGCCUUGGCAGCCUCCGUACAUCACUAUUCUGGAGCCUCUCCAGUGUCCAGCGAGGAGCUCCUGGUCAGCUGUGGGUUCCUGCUCUGUAAAGGCCUGGUGUCCCGUAUGGACCUGGUCUCCAUCCAUCUGUCCUCCAGCCCUCGUCUCUUCUCCUUCCUCUCUCUGGCCUGGGGCUUUGUGGCCGACGUCGACAUAGAGAGCGAGAAGUAUCGUCACGUCGGAGCCGCCCGGUUCACCGUCGGCACGCUGGUAAGGCUGGCUUCUCUCCGUGUCUACAAGGGCAGGCUGGCCUACCUGCCCGCCUCCAAGGACCACAACAACCAGGAGGGUUUGAGAAAUAACAUGACGGUGCCCUGCAACAACCAGGCUUCCUCCCUGACUCCACCUCCUGUCCUGUGCCGACCGUCCAGAGACUCCUCCUGCCACAACACCUUCCAUAACUCCUGCCACUCCAACAACUCCCUCAAAGUGAGGAGGUCGGAGAGCACGCCUUCCCGAAGCGCCACCAAAGCCCCCUCGGGCCCUCCCGACUCCCUGCUGGUGCCUCUGGACCAGCCGCUGCCUGCAAACUGGGUGGUGGUUCCGGAGGAAGACUUUGUCCUCAUGCUGGCCAUGUACCAGUCCCACCUGGCCGAGGACCUCCUGGCGGCACCGGACGCCAUCUUGGAUGAUGGAGUCAUUCACCUUUUCUACGUUAGAGCGGGAAUAUCUCGCACUGCGCUGCUGAGGCUUUUUCUAGCCAUGGAGAAGGGUGCACAUCUGGCUACUAACUGCCAACAUCUGGUGCACACGAAGGUGAGAGCACUGAGGCUGGAGCCAUACUCACCCAAAGGGAUAAUAACGGUGGAUGGAGAAGUGGUGGAAUACGGUCCGUUGCAGGCAGAAGUACACAGAGGCCUGUCGAGAUUAAUCACUGGAUGAACUGAACGAGCAGCACUGCCAGCUUUCAUCUCUGCUGUUUGCGGCUGAUGGUGUUGAUUAAACACAGUUUAGCAUUUCAGAUGAGAAAGGCCCAGGUACGGGAGCAAAGCAAGGGAUGUAAAACUCAUUUACAUUCAUCUGCAAACUGACCCUCUCAGCAGCAGACAGGAAAAACACGUUUCAUCUGAAGAUGCUGUGAUGUUGGGUGAGAUAUUACAAGAGAGCCACAGUGUUCAAUAUUACAUGAAUGAAUCAUUUCCUGUGAAAUAAAUCAUCAUAGAAACAAAUUUAGGCUGAAUAUAAUCAGAAAGUUUUUUUUCUUUUUAAGAGUUACUCAAGCUUCUUUUCACAAUAAGAGCAUUUAUUGCAGGUAUUUUGUGUUUGAAAAGGUCACUUUUCCAACAUUUGUCUUUCAGACUGUAUUUCACACAGUCUGUAUCUGGGGAUCAAAUUUACAUCCUGAAAUAGAUUCUUUUUAUGUUUCUGGCUUGUGUACAAAAUUUUUAAAAUGCAUCAUCUCUCAUUGGGACUUUUCAAAUUUUUUGAUGAAAAGUCAAAUAUACACUACCAGUCCAAAGUUUGGACACACCUACCCAUUCAAUGGCUUCUAUUUAAUUAUUUUGUACUUUGACAUCAAACCUAUAAAAGAAUACAUAUGGAGUUAUGCUGUAAACAAAAAAGUGUUAAUCUUAAGUAUUAAUCUACAAUGUAGAGAAUAAUACAAAUAAAUAAAAAGCACUGAAUGAGAAGGUAUGUCCAGACUUUUGACUGGUAGUGUAAUCAUCAUUAGUGUUCAGAAAAAGGAAAAAUUUGAGCAAAACUGCUGGAAAAAGUAGGUGUAACCUGCAAUAAACUCUGUUAUCGUGGAAAGAAACAGAAUUUAACGCCAUAAUAUUGAGCCGAGCCUUGGAUUGAUGGAUUAAUAACCAUUUCUAAUUAUUAUAAUUUAAUGACUAUUUAUUGAAUGUUGAACACUGUAGCCGUGUGCUGUAUGAACGUCUGCCUCACUGAAGGCAAAACACAAACACAUGACGGAUAGCUGACAUGUUUCAUCACCUCAUUGUAAAGAGUUUAACCUCCACAGAAAGUAAAUCCAUCACCGUCUUUAACCUUUCAUCUCGUUCAUAGCUGCGGAGAGAACGAUGUUUCUCACACAUAUCAGCCAGAAUUACAGCAUCUUAUGCAAAAGCAAAGGAUUUGAUUGUUUUUGCCUCGUGUGUGUGUAUGUGUGUGUGUGUGUGUGUGUGCUCGCGCGUGUGUGUGUUGCAGAGAUGUCAUCACAGCGCCGUCAUUUGCGACUGUUUUAUUGAACACAGAAAGCCUCAAAUAAUCAGUUAAGGCCAAAAGUCUCAACUUAAUACUUGACUGAUGCGUUGUUGAGUCUGGGACGAUAAUCCACUCCGACGUGGCGCAGUUAGUGACACGAAGUCGGCCAAGCCUCCACUUUUUUCUCCAGUGUAAAUAACACCAACCCCUACAGAGCACAUACAAUAUUUAUUUUCACAUAUCGAAGCUGCUUGAGGUCGCCCUGCAGCUUGCUUCUUGUGCCUGGUUUCCCAUCAGAGGCUGUUUGUCGUGUCGUGUCGCUUCACUCUGAGCACCAGAGUCCCAGACGGCUUCAGAUCUCGUUGCCUUAAAGUCUUGAUGGCUCCGUCCUGUUUCACAAAAGCAGUUUGCGAGCUCAAAACGCUGCCAGCAUCGCGUUUAAUGAAUGAUUGUCGCUCACAAAUUGCAGAUAAAUUUGCAAUAUUCUUCUUUUGCGUCCUCACUGGGGUCACAAUCGCCGUGUUUGUUUUGGUGAGUUAAAAGCUCCAAAUUAAAAUGAGAAAAUUAUCUCACACUGAAAGUCGCAGCUUGUGUGUUGUGAAUUUAAUGAAACAGACAUCGGGUUUUGUAAACAACUUAAUUUGAUGUGCAGUCAGAUUUAUUAGAUUUAUGUGUGUCACACUUGUUUCUACUAAAUAACGUCCGUUGUAUCUGAUGAGGAGACAGAUAUUAAUGUAGAUGUGAUGUUGCUGUAAAGGAAGAAUCCACCAUAAAACACUUAAACACAGUUAAAGGGCUGGUACAUUUAAAUUUAACAAACAAAAACGACAUAUUUCCUUUCCACGCCACUAAUGCCAUGUAGACAGUUACAAUGAUUUAUUGUCAUGCAAAUGUUUAUUGGCAACAGAUUGCAAUAUUGAAUCAAAACAACAAGAAACUUUACUGGUGGAAGAAUUGUUUUUAGCUCUACUGGCAAUUUGAGGCUUGAAUAAUUCCAGGUUUUCUCAUUUCUCGACCAGUUUUGCUUUUUUGCUGUCAAAAUCAAAGUCGUUUUCUUAAAUAAUUACUUGUAGAGCCCGAUUGAUGCAUUGGUUGGCCAAUAUUUUCUGCUGGUAUUGGCCUGACACAGUUGUAUCUGUUUCAAAGUAUUUGUUAUCUAGGAUAUGAUAAGAAGAAUAGAAAAAUAGUGUCAUCACACAGUUUGUCCAGCAGAGCAGCUCCAUUGUCUCCUCUCAGUUCUGUCUGCAGCGCAUGUAGCAGAGUGGUCCACAGCUGAGCAGAUGGUGGUGCGGAGUCAACCGGUGUCUUCACAUGAAAUCACUAAAUUGUUAAGUACAGUGGUAGAAAAGUUAAUAGACAAUGACCCCAUCGAGUUUGCUUUUCAAUAUAACUGUACCAUACUAUUAUGUACAAAGAUACAUAGGAUAAAACUGGUAUCCGGUCAGGCUUUAAUUACUAGUAAUUUUAUUUAUUUUAAAUCUCGGAGAUUUCUGUCCCCACAACACUGACUAAAUGCAGAUUUGUUUUUUGUGCUUCCAGUUACGAAAAAUCAACAAACUUCACCGAUGUUAGUUUAUAUCAGGACUGUGAUGAAAACUUCACAGUGACAUCUGUGGAUCAUCCAGAAUAACGGCAACCCAAAGACGUGUUGCUUUUUGAUAUUUUAAGUUCUUUAGUUCAUGUUACUGCGGUUUAGACAGAGCUAUCAGAGACAUUUAAGCACGCUUGAGUAAAAAACUAAACCACCUGCGUGACUAUUUAUCCCUCGGGUUGUUUAUUGCACCUUGAAUUAUCCCAGGGUCUGUUUUUCUUGUUUUGUUUUUCCUCACAACAAAAAUUGAAAUUACAACAUCAAACUCCUGAAAAAUGUUCAGCUCGUGCAGCGACUGAACAGCACGGACCGAUGUGAUCAGUGUUUAAGUGUUUGUUGGUGGAUUUUCUCCCUCGGACGGCUGCUGUGGCUCCUGCUCUGUCCUGCAGCUCUGCUCCUGGUCGGUUGAUUGAUGUGUUUUUUUGCCUCGAUGUGCUUCAUGCUGCUGCACCCUCCAGCCCACAUACCGCCCUUCUUUUUCUCCUCCUUGUUUUCUGCUGCUUUCAUCCAUUGCAGAGCUGAACACACACAGGCUGAUUUAUCAGUGAUAUCACCAAGGUGUCUUUAACAUUGAGCUUUAAAUCACACAAGGGGAAAAUGGUACCUAAGGCUUCUGGAUUGCAUGUUUAAAGGCUCAGAUCUUUUCUUUGCCUGCGUCAAGUCAAAGGGAAAUCAGCACUGAGGAGCCUUAAACAAGGGGUUUUGGGUGGGAGAGGGGCGUUGUAAGCUGGUUAAAACAGAGAGUGAGUGCAGGGAGUGGACAGAGGGGGGAGGAAGGGGAGAUAUCGACAUGUUAAAUGCUGCAUGAGGUAGGCGGCGUUGUGAUCCUGACAGGGAGCCCUCAUUCUUUCUCCUCACCACAAGAAAUCUCUGGGGAACAUUAGCAAACUGUCCCGAAGCCGUAAGAACGUCAGAAGGACGAGAUUUACGUUAAGAUGAGCACAAAAAUCAGGGACCAGAGGGGGCGAAGGCGGAUAAUCUUAAGGACCAAGCGCAACAAAAAAAGAUGGAUUUUGGAGCUCUGAUGUGCCUACAGAGUCACAGCAAACAUGCAGAUGAUUCCAUGUUUUGUUUUAUCCAACAUGCCACGACUGUUUGGCAAAGACCAAAAUUAGUUUCCCCUAAGAAGAGUUUCUUUUAUUCAUGUUUUUGCACAACAUAUGUGUUGCCAACGCCGUUUUGAAGCCUUCGUGGGGCAUUAAGGUGGAGUUUCUAUUGUUUAACUGAUUCACAGGCGCUAAUUUAGUUUGUUUGAAUCCUGUUUAAUCAUGAACUCUGCAGCAGGAGUUCAGUUUAAGAGCGACAAGCACCUAAGAUGGAAACAGUACUUGAAGAACCUUCUUGUUCCAUUUUCUUCUCACUUUUGUUUCAGUGGACACAUGUGGUCUGUAGCACCAAAACCCAAAGUCAGGUCAUGGAUUUCAGACCGAUGAGGACUUUAGAUGUAAUUUUCAGUAAAUUUCUGUAUUAUAACAUCAUUUUGAGUUGCAGAAAUAUAUUUUCUGCUCUCAUUUAUUUCCCCGAUUUAUGUGAAUCACAUAGAACCUUUGUUUUUCGUGCUACAGACCAUGUUCAUCUUAUUUUUUUCUAUGCAAAGUCAGAUGUUUUUUGCCUGAUGAAGGGUCCUUUAACAUGUCUGAUGUGCCUUGAUGGUGCUGCCUCCCGGUGGUUUGAGUUUGGCGGUGCAUCCACUCAUUCAUCGCGCUAGAGGCUGAAUUUUAAAAUCAUUUGUUCUUCCAUCACUAUUUUUCAGACUCUGAGACGCUUGGAGGAACGGACGAACUACCAGACUCAGUUUAAAUAUUUUACAAUGACAUGCUCUUUUGUCAGAAAUAUGAUAAAGUUACAUCACACUUCUUCCCAAACUGUGUAGUUUUGGAACUGUGAUGUUUUGUGAACCUGCAUCGUGACCUGAAACCUGUAGAAGCUGAUAAAUAAUCAUCAGUAUCGACUAUCUUAUUCAGAAUAACGGAGUGUGAGUCCAGUUUCUCUCUGUAGGAUCCAAAUGAAACCAGAUGAAGAACCUGAUUUAAAUUCUUCUGCUAGCAAAGAUAAAAACUCGCCUCAUCUGACUGUUGAUUUGCUGUUUAUGUCUUUAUCUGCUGCUUCUGAACUGUUACCGUCUUGUGUGUUUAAUGUUUACGGUGAAGGGAAAAGUCUUUUUUUUUUAUUUUGGCACACUGAAGAUUGAAUAACUGAUUCUGUAUUCAAAGAUAGAUCUAUUUUUCGAUUUAGACAAAUGUCUGUAAGUUUUCUAUAUCAAAUCAAACAUUCUGCUGGAGUGUUUUUGAUUAAAAAUAAAUUAAAUGAUGGCAAAUAA